GCAAAUUUCUGCUUCCAAGUGUAGACUCGCCUUUCGCCUUCUUCAGGUACUGGCGGUAUAUCCGCAUUUCCCUCUCUGUCGCUACUAAACACAAGCUUCUGUCGUCUAAUGGCUCCGCCAAGAAUCCUUCUCUGCGGUGACGUUUUAGGCCGCCUCAACCAGCUCUACAAGCGAGUCCAAUCGGUGAACAAAUCAGCUGGACCAUUUGAUGCGCUCUUCUGCGUCGGUCAGUUCUUCCCUGGCUCGCCGGAGCUACUUGAGGAGUUCAUGGACUACGUGGAAGGACGCUCUCAAAUUCCUCUUCCGACCUACUUCAUCGGCGACUAUGGCAUCGCUGCCCCUAAAGUCUUAGCUGCCGCUUCUAGGAACUCUGCGAAUUUAGGAUUCAAAAUGGACGGUUUGAAAGUUUGCGAGAAUCUGUUUUGGCUUAGAGGCAGCGGCAAGUUCACUCUCCAUGGUGGUUUAUCUGUUACGUACUUAUCUGGUAGGCAGUCACCAGACAGUCAACAGUUUGGAAUAUACAGUCAGGAUGAUGUUGAUGCGUUACGGGCUUUGGCUGAGGAACCUGGAAUAGUUGACUUGUUUCUAACUAAUGAGUGGCCAAGCGGGGUCACAAAUAGAGCUUCUAUAUCCGAUAUACCUGCAGGAGUAUCAGAUUCAGUGGGUAGUGACUCUACCAUAUCUGAGUUAGUAGCUGAGAUCAAACCACGCUACCAUGUUGCAGGUACUAAGGGUGUAUUUUAUGCUCGUGAACCUUACUCUAACACAGACGCUUUGCACAUUACUCGCUUCUUGGGUCUUGCUUCAGUUGGUAAUAAAGAUAAACAGAAAUUUAUCCAUGCAAUUUCUCCUACUCCAGGAUCUAUGAUGACUGCUGCUGAGAUUAGCACAAAGCCCUCCAACACUACCUUAUCACCAUAUACAUUUGUAGAGCAAACAGCUCUUCUUAAAGAAAUUACCAAGAGGCCUAGUGACAAUGUGUCUGAUUCACAAUAUUGGAGAUAUGAUGUCUCCCAAAAACGUCAGAAAACUGGAACAGUGGAUGGUGAUAAGCUGUGUUUUAAAUUUGUAUACUCUGGUUCUUGCCCACGAGGGGAAAAAUGUCACUUUCUGCAUGACAUGGAUGCAAGGCAACAAUAUUUAAGAGGUGUUUGUAUUGAUUUUCUUAUGAAAGGAAAAUGCGAAAGAGGUCCAGACUGCAGCUUUAAGCACACUUUUCAGAAUGAAGGUGAGAGCUAUUCUCAUAGGAGACGUGGCUCUGAAAAUUCCAAUGCUAACAGGUCAAAAGAGUGUUGGUUUUGUUUGUCAAGCCCUAGUGUAGAGUCACAUCUAAUAAUUAGCAUUGGAGAAAAUUACUACUGUGCCCUGGCCAAAGGCCCCCUUGUUCAAGACCAUGUACUAUUAAUACCUGUUGAGCACUCACCCAAUACUGUUUCCUUACCUGAAGAAUGUGAAUCCGAACUUGUUGAAUUCCGGAACAGUCUCAAAUUAUAUUAUAAGAACCAGGGAAAGGAGGCCGUCUUAUUUGAAUGGGUUUCCAAGCGUGGUACUCAUGCUAAUCUUCAGGUUGCUCCUGUUCCUUCAUCCAGAGCAGCUGUCAUUCAAGAUAUAUUUAAUAUGGCUGCUGAAAAGCUGGGUUUUAAAUUUGUAAUCAUGAAAUUUGACAAUAAUUCAGAUGGGAGAAAAUGGUUGAGAACACAGUUUGAUAGGAACCAUAGUUUCUUCUAUGUGGAACUUCCUGAUGGUACAGUACUGUUGCAUUCAGUUGAUGAGAAUGAGAAGUUUCCAGCGCAAUUUGGACGUGAAGUUCUAGCUGGUUUGCUGAACAAGCCUGAGAGAGCUGAUUGGAGGGCUUGUACGCUUAGCAAAGAAGAGGAAAUGAAAAUGGUGGAAGAAUUCAAGAAACAAUUUGGAGAAUUAGAUCCAAAUCGGUGAUUCAUGCGAAUAAUUGGUAGAACCAGCAGUUUGACACCAAUCACUGCUAUGUUGUUCAUUGUUAGUGUUCCUCCCUUUCAGUGCUGGGAUACUGAAUUAUCCUUCAAUGGACGAAUAUCCAGCUUGACAACCACCCAAGAUGAUCAUCACUAUUUCAUGGUUGUUUGACUUCUUUAUCUCAUUUCUUAAAGUGACAGAAUUAGGGUGACCUGCAGAUUUUAACAUUUUAUGUGCAGCUAUUUACAGUCCAAGCUCAGGUACAAGGAAUACCUGAUCUUUCCGUUGGUAGCCUGUAAAUUUUCUGAAUUUGGCAUCCAGAUAUACAUAUGAAGCUUCUUUCACCAUCAAUGAAAAUUGAGAUAGUAGGGUUCCAAACUGAGACAACAUUUUUGUAUGACGUGAUACCUUUUUUGAUUCCAAAUAGAAGCACUCACAAAUGACUGUAGUUACUCGAUACCUCUGUUUCUUCCUUUGUUUGAUAUCUAGGAAUAGGUGUGUCUUUGUCAACUUCAUUUUUCUUCUGCUCCAUGUAGUCUAAUGCUUCUACUGACUUUUUGAAAGUUUAAUCUUGAGUUGAUUUUGCAUUGUCUUGUGCACUGAAUUCUAAACUGAUAAUUUUGCAGUUAAUACUAUUCUUGCCCACUGUUUUGACGCAACUGAAUUACUUUUGGAUUUUACCCUUAUCUGAUUGAAAGAUGAGUGUUUGAGAUAUGUGAAUGUGGCAAAUACUAAGUUGACGGUGAUUGUAUAGGUUGAUUGACGGUGGGGCUCCAGUCUUACCUGUAUUAUUUGCAGAUCUACUUGGGUUAAGAACGAAGUGCAAUUCUGGAUCCCUAUUUCGCAUUAUCUGGCCGGCAGAAAUUGGUCCGGGACAAGGAAGCUUAAUUGCUGGGACCAGAAAAUUAAUGCAUCUUUGAAAUAGUUCCUUGAGAUUUAGGGUGGGUUGCUUGUAAACUAGGUCGGAGAUAUCCCAGCCAAUGUGGAUAAUGUUCAAUAUUAGAGACGUCUCUUUUCAGCCUUAAUAAAGGCAAAUAAGGCCCCAGAAAAGGUAAGUGAAGAAUUAAAAUAUGGGCCAGAGUGACAUGAUGAAACGUUAAUUGCUUAUCCACACAUGUUUGAAGUUGUACUGAAGUUGUUGAAACUCUCUGGUUAUGGUCCCAUACAAUGUUUAGUUGCUUUUGCUUAUAGACAAUGGCAUAAAAGGGUUAUUCAAGCAACUUUGUGGUGGAAAACUGACAUUAUAAAAGAAAGCAAAAAUGAAGAGAAGAGUGAGCUGCAAGGAUACAGUUGGUUCUUGCUCAUGCCCAUGAGCCCUUUUACCCUUGUUUACAUUAACUAUGAUAAAGAAGUUUCUUCCAGUUCGAUACAUUAUUAUAAUUAUAGAGAAAAAUUUUUUUUAUAA